UCGCUUCCAGUCAGAGCAUCUUCGGAGAUGCUACAAGAGAACUGGAUCGCACGCAAGAACAAACCAUGCAGUUUCGUUCGUGUCAGAGCAAGAUUCACAGACGGAUGGAUCCGCCUUUAGGCCUUGCCGCGGUGGACUCGAGUCAUCUGAUGGCAGAGAAAACUUGAAGGAGGAACUCGAAGGAGAUCUCCAAGCAAAGAUCGAUGAACAGGAUGGGAACGAUGGACAGAGUGGGAAGCUCUGAUCUCGAUCGAAUUUUGCUCGUGGAGAAGAGUUGGCAACCUGUGGUGGCAGGGAGUCACGUAAAGUAUCUUCUGUUUUUGGAGUUUGCAGACACGCUUGCAUUCAGAGGUUUGCAAUCAGUUCUGGAGAUUCUUCUGGUGGAGAAUUUGCAGCUCAGUGGGAACUUAGCCACAGAAUUAUUCCACUUCUUUAUCGUCUCAUCCUUCGUAGGCUGCAUCGUCGGUUCGAUGAUCAGCGACCGGUACCUGGGAAAGUACCAAAGCAUCUGCGUCUUCUCUCUCGUGAGCGUGGUUGCCUCCAUCGGACUAGUCAUUACUUCAUUGACAUCGCAGCUCGAGGGGACAUUGAAUCAAGCUCUUGCCUUCGUCUCUCUGCUGGUAUUCACACUGGGGUAUGGUGGCAAUAGACCGAGCCUUGCAACACUGGGAGGUGACGAAGUGAAGCACUUGGCGCUGAUAGAGUUGGGAGAUCAUACUGACCCAAGAGGGGCUGCCACGCCGCAGCAGCUGUGGUUCUCGUCCAUGUACAUAACUGGAAACUUGGCUCACAUUUUCGGUGCCAUCCUGUUUCCUCUGAUCCGAUUGCUCAGCCACGGAUCCACAUUCUACAUUAUGCUAGUGCUUGCCUGUGCAAAGACGUCUGGACUCUUCGUGUUCUGGUUGGGUCGAAAUCGAUAUCUCUCGGUAGCACAUGCCUCGAAUAAGCCAGGUCCUCCAGAUGGUGAUCACGAGCAGCGGCAUCAGAAGUACGUGCAGACCGAUUCAGCUCAAGACACAACAGAGCUGCUUGAUGGCGACUCGAAAACUGUCAAAUGGGAUGGCUACACAGUUCUUUCGUCAACAUUUAUCUUCCUCCUCCCGACUUCCAUAUUCCACGGGCUGAACUUUCAAAGUAGCUCGACAUGGGUGUAUCAAGCUCUCUCAAUGGACCGCGAUGUCCGGUGGCUGAAUCAUUGGACAAUCGCCGCGGAUCAGAUGCAGGUAUUAAAACCAACUUUUGUGACCCUAAUUGCACCUCUCCUCAACCAAAUUAUAUACCCUUAUGUGGACAGGCACAUCGCGAAGGUGACUAAUUUGAGGAAAUGCGUGGGUUCUAUGCUGCUAGCGACCCUUGCGUUUGCAAUGUCCGGAGGGAUACAACUUGUAAUCGACAUGCAGACUGGACACGGAGCUGCAGGCGGGUCAGAUGUGUCCAUAUUUUGGCAAUUGCCUCAGAUUCUGGCGAUAAGUUUUGCAGAACCUAUGUGUUUAAUUCCUCUGUACGAUUGGACCUACAAUCAAAGUCCUGAUGAUAUGAAGGCGACCUACAGUGGAAUAUUCUUGGCUAUGGCUGGCUUAGGUAAUCUCGUCACCGUCGUUUGCGUGGCUCUUCUUGGGGCUCAUGCUGCCGACGCUAUGGGAGCCUUCUUCUUCACAGGUCUUGGUGCUCUUGCCACUUUGACACUAGCAAUUCUAGCUGUCAAAUUUGUAGCCUGAAGAAAACGCAACGUUUCCACCAGCGAUUUUUUCCUGGUCGUUCGGAAGCACAGAUGUGGCUAGCUGUUGUAUCCGAGUAUCAGGUUCAAUGCCAAGGCAAUGUAUUUGGAGUCUCACUCAGUGACAGCCCUUGCUUGCCAUGAGAUUUCGAUUCAGGGAAUGUUGGAUGGAAUAGGCAUAAGAGCUUGUUUCUCCAGACUGAUUCGCAGAUACAUGCACUGUACGUAUGAGCACGAGUUGAUGUGCUGCCUGUAAAUAAUAAAUAAAGCGAUAGACUUGCUGAAA